GUCGAUCCCUCCAAUAGUACGGUUGAUCACCUAUGACAGGGUUUGACGACCUCCCUUUCGAGAUCCUUCAGGACAUCGUCUCGCUUGUCAUUCAGUCCUACCCCAAGCGCUCCGACCGACUGACAGCCUCCCGGGAAAUACCAACCAGAAACGAUGUCGCAUUUGCACCCAUCUGCCAGCUCAUCCACCUCUCGCACAUCUCGUCGGUGCUCCGCUCAGUGAUCCUAGCCACUCCGGAGCUCUGGACUGCCCUCGACUUCAGCUACGAUGUUGGCAACGAGAACGAUCGGGACGUUGUUGGAGAAUUGGUUAGGAGGUCGGGGAGUAGAGACGUCACGCUGGUUCUCGUUGAACACAGGCGUUCCCGAUUUCUUCGGAAGGUGCAGGAGACAGAUGCCUCUGGGGAGAUAACCCAGCUGGACUUUGGGGUCUGUUGGGAAUGGGUCGAAACGGUGCUGCCAAGGCUCAAAUCGGUUGCGCUGAACGGGUCCUAUGGAUUCAUCCAAGGCUUCGCCGAUGCCUGCACCCUCUGCCAUUUCGCAAACCCAGUACCCAUUUGGUUGCGCGAAGGGGCAGGACAGACAUUACGAUAUUUGGAGUUCCGCUUACGACCCCCGCGCCAUACGUCGCUUCUAGAGACACCGACGCCCACAUUCCCCCUCGAUGUAGCGUCCGCCUUUCCGUUUGUUCAGGACUUCCGUUCGUCAGGUCUUCCACUGCGUCAUCUUCCCAAAUGGAACCUCACGAACGUUUGUCUGAAGAACACCCAUAUCCCACCAAAGCUUCUCUACGAGUUGCUCAUCAAUGGGAAUCUCGAGUCCCUUAAGCUUGUCGACAUCCUAGUUGACGACUCAACUGUUCAAGAGGAUGCGUCCUACUUGUACACCCCAUGGGUCACAGACGAAACUGCCUCCCUCAAGGACUUGGAGCUCAUCGGGCUUUUCACUGCCGAAGACGAGGAAAAAUUCCACAAACUAUUCCCAAAUCACAGCUCCCUUCCUCCGGAACCCCGCAACGCCGAUCUAUCCCAGUCCGAACUCAUGUUCUUCAAAUUCGUCGAUUUCCUGAAGGCGUUUCGCAUUCCCACACUCGAGAAACUCGUUCUACGGAGCGGAAAGUACAACUUCGAGCUGCUUUCCGCAUUCAUAGAGGCUUAUCGAGUACCGAAAAUAACGAUUUGCACGAAUUUGCGAAGUCUCGAACUGACGACAGAUGACACAGAUAUAUCGUCACUACUUUCCAACCUUACGGUGUUCUUCCCUCAUAUCACCGAGUUCAAGGCCAUCGACAGCGACGAAAAGCAGGUCCCUUUGAUUGUCGACUAUAUUGCUCACGAGCAGAUUUCGGGGGAACGAGUGUGGCCGUUUUUGGACUACAUCAAGGUCAAUGGGGAGGGCUAUCUGCGACAAAGAAGCUGGGUUCGUUAA